AACUCGGGCCUUAACUGUUGCCGGGUGCUUUGUUGCUAUUUGGAGAGACGGAGCAAACAAAGUGUUGGUCAUUGUUUGGUUUAUGUGUGUUUAUGUCGGCGCUUAGCAAACAUUAGAGCGUAUAAAUAUGCCGACAAAUUGCGACUAUUAAUCAUUCGACCCAUAGAUUCCAUCGAUAACACAAUUAGCUUUGGAUAUCUAUACUAAAAUGAAACUCUUCAUUGCGUGCAUGUUUAUUGCCGCAGCGACGGCUGCAGUGAUUCCUGUCGAACAAGCCAGGCACCGUCGCGAUGUCUCUGAGAUCGUGAAUGAGUAUAUUCCACCACUUGGGGAAGUUGCGGCCGAUGUUCCCGUCGAGGAUAUCGCCCAAGACCCCACUGCUGUUGGAGAGGAUGGAUACCGUUACAAGACAGUUCGCCGCCUGAAGUACCGCCAACGUCGUGAUGUCUCCGAAAUUGCCAAUGAGUACCUCCCUCCAUCUGAAGAGGCCGUUAUUGCAGUCGAAGAACCCGCCCAAGAUACCGCUGUUCUUGGUGAUGAUGGAUACCAAUACAAGACUGUCCGUCGUCUGAAGUACCGUCAACGUCGUGAUGUUUCCGAGAUCGCCAACGAUUACUUGCCUCCCGCAGAAGAAGUUGCUACCGAGCUCCCAGUCGAGGAACCCGCCCAGGAUACCGCUGUUCUUGGUGAUGAUGGAUACCAAUACAAGACUGUCCGUCGUCUGAAGUACCGUCAACGUCGUGAUGUUUCCGAGAUCGCCAACGAAUACUUGCCUCCUGCAGAAGAAGUUGCUACCGAGCUCCCAGUCGAGGAACCCGCCCAGGAUACCGCUGUUCUUGGUGAUGAUGGUUAUCAAUACAAGACUGUCCGUCGUCUGAAGUACCGUCAACGUCGUGAUGUUUCCGAGAUCGCCAACGAUUACUUGCCUCCCGCAGAAGAAGUUGCUACCGAGCUCCCAGUCGAGGAACCCGCUCAGGACUCCGCUGUUCUCGCUGAAGAUGGUUACCAAUACAAGACUGUCCGUCGUCUGAAGUACCGUCAGCGUCGUGAUGUUUCCGAGAUCGCCAACGAAUACUUGCCUCCUGCAGAAGAAGUUGCUACCGAGGUCCCAGUUGAGGAACCCGCCCAGGAUACCGCUGUUCUUGGUGAUGAUGGUUAUCAAUACAAGACUGUCCGUCGUCUGAAGUACCGUCAACGUCGUGAUGUUUCCGAGAUUGCCAACGAAUACUUGCCUCCUGCAGAAGAAGUUGCUACCGAGCUCCCAGUCGAGGAACCCGCCCAGGAUACCGCUGUUCUUGGUGAUGAUGGUUAUCAAUACAAGACUGUCCGUCGUCUGAAGUACCGUCAACGUCGUGAUGUUUCCGAGAUCGCCAACGAUUACUUGCCUCCCGCAGAAGAAGUUGCUACCGAGCUCCCAGUCGAGGAACCCGCCCAGGAUACCGCUGUUCUUGGUGAUGAUGGAUACCAAUACAAGACUGUCCGUCGUCUGAAGUACCGUCAACGUCGUGAUGUUUCCGAGAUCGCCAACGAUUACUUGCCUCCCGCAGAAGAAGUUGCUACCGAGCUCCCAGUUGAGGAACCCGCUCAGGACUCCGCUGUUCUUGGUGAUGAUGGAUACCAAUACAAGACUGUCCGUCGUCUGAAGUACCGUCAACGUCGUGAUGUUUCCGAGAUCGCCAACGAAUACUUGCCUCCUGCAGAAGAAGUUGCUACCGAGCUCCCAGUCGAGGAACCCGCCCAGGAUACCGCUGUUCUUGGUGAUGAUGGUUAUCAAUACAAGACUGUCCGUCGUCUGAAGUACCGUCAACGUCGUGAUGUUUCCGAGAUCGCCAACGAAUACUUGCCUCCUGCAGAAGAUGUUUCUACCGAGGUCCCAGUUGAGGAACCCGCCCAGGAUACCGCUGUUCUUGGUGAUGAUGGUUAUCAAUACAAGACUGUCCGUCGUCUGAAGUACCGUCAACGUCGUGAUGUUUCCGAGAUCGCCAACGAAUACUUGCCUCCCGCAGAAGAAGUUGCUACCGAGGUCCCAGUCGAAGAACCCGCUCAGGACUCCGCUGUUCUUGGUGAUGAUGGUUACCAAUACAAAACUGUCCGUCGUCUGAAGUACCGUCAACGUCGUGAUGUUUCCGAGAUCGCCAACGAAUACUUGCCUCCCGUGGAAGAAGCUGCCACCGAGGUCCCAGUUGAGGAAGUCGAGCCCGCUCAGGAUUCUGCUAUUCUCGCUGCUGAUGGAUACCAAUACAAGACUGUACGUCGCUUGAAACUGCGUCAUCGUCGUGCCUUGUAAGCGCGCCAGCUGCUACCUGCCUGUAUACGAUUAGAGCCUUUACACCGCCCCACCAACUCCACCUACUAGGUCGUAAGUAAGAAUCCUAUUUUGCCAUUGUUUAACGAUUGAAAUCAACAAAAUAAAUCCAAACGAAAAUUGUUAUAAUA